AUGGCGACGGACGCGGACGCCCCGUUCGAGGUCGGGGAGAUCGUGCGAGGGAUCACGCGCGCGGUGCGCCCGUUCGGGGUGUUCGUGCGUCUCGAACGCGGGACGCGGGCGACGGAUGGGUUGAUUCGCGCCGCGGACGCUUCGAGGGAUGGCGCGACGUUCGAUGACCGAGACGCGGACGAGCGAGAGGUGACGCACGCGAUGGAAUACUUUUAUCCCAUAGGAUCGCCCGUGUUCGUCAAGGUGAAGCGAGUGACGCGAGAGGGGGGGGACGGGCGACGCGGCGGCGGCUGGCGCGUGGCGCUGGACGCGAGCGCGGUCGAUCAGGAGACGGGCGAUGAUCUGGAUCCCGAGCGAAAGAGGUGGACGCGAGGAGGUGGGGAACGCGAUGCGAGAUUCGGUGGUGGGGCGAGCGCGCGAGAGGGCGGGGCGGGGGGGGUGGGAGGGACGUUCCAUCCAGAGUUGCACAAAAUCUAUCGAGCGAAGUGUCGGAGCGUGAAACCGGUCGGGGUAUUCGUCGACGUACGAGGGUUUCGCCGGGGUGGGUUGGUGCACAGGAGUCAGAUAUCGCAGUACCUCGACGUUCCGCGCGAUGCGAGCGAUGAAGAGAAGAUUUCAAUCAUCGCCGGCGUCGUCGCGGAGGGCGACGACGUGUGGGUAAAGGUGGUCGACGUCGAGACGCAGGACGGUGGGCCCCCGCGGGUGAGUCUGUCGAUGAAGAGCGUGGAUCAAGGGAACGGUGAGGACUUAGAUCCGAAUAAUUUGAGCUACGACGCGCCGUUUCGGGGAGGCGGUGGGUCCGGUGAGCAUCGAUACAAGCCCGUGGGAGCCGACGCCGGAGAGACGACGCGCGCGGGGGAGAUUCGAUGGGGACACCACGCCGGCGACGUGAAGCAGUACGACUCGGGAGGGAAACAGUAUGAAUUAGUCCUUGACGAUGACGCGCCCGGGGAUGCGGUGGGGGCUACGACGGCGGCGAGUGGAUUAAAAUUUGGCAGCGGCGAAUUCAUCAAUAGAAUGCGCGCCGCCGGCGAGUCGCCCACGCGCCUCCGAGAGGGCGACAAGAAGAGAAAGAAGGAUAAAAAGGAGAAGAAGGAGAAGAAGAGUAAGAGACGCAAAAAGUCGAGCAAGCGUAGCAGGCGAGAUUACUCGAGUGACUCGUACUCGAGUGACUCGCGCCGAUGA